AUGGCCACCAACUCAAGCGAACAAGAGCUGAAGGAGGUAGGCGAUGCUCCCCGAGUCAUCAACCCCACUCCUGAAGAAUUGAAGGCAUCCGCCUAUGAUACGCCCAAUAUCGAAGCUGCCAUGGUGGCGCUUCAUCAGGAUGGCUUUGUUGUGCUCAAGAAUGUCGUGGACAUCGCUCAUGUUGAUCAUAUAAAUUCGUAUAUGACUGGAGAAGCAGAUGAAAUCAUCAAGAACAAUGCUAAACCCUUCAACCAAGGAGUAAAGUCAAAUAUACUCCAAGCUCCGCCUUUGAAAGAUGCUGAGUAUCUUUACAAUGAUGUUUUCUUCAACCCUUUCGUGAUCCAACUUAUGAAUACGUGGGUUACGCUUCGCCUCCUGAAUUUUCAUCUCAAGACUGAUUCUGUGAGAGCAGGUAUCUGGGAGCAAAACCGAUUUGGAACUUUUUCACAAGGACAUCACGUUCUUCCAUCCUCAGGUACUUUUGCGGAAUCCGAUUUCCAGUAUCACUUACUCAGUGUCUUCUUCAAGUGCCCAUUUUUCGUAAUUGCCAACGUGCCCCUAUGUACCUUUAACCCUACCACUGGGUCCACGGAAUUCUGGUUGGGAUCUCAUGCCUCGACUUCAGGCCACGAGCAAAUGAUAGCUACGCCGGAAACACAUCUUGCAAACGCAAGACUAGUUGUAGGAGAGCCGACAACAAAUGUCCUUGACCAGGUCAGAGAAGAAAGAAGGAAAGCCAGACCUCCGGUUCAGCCUAACUGUGACAAAGGGGACAUAAUGUUGAGGGACUUGCGAACAUGGCACGCGGGAAUGCCGAAUGAAAGUGACGAAUAUAGAAUCAUGCUUGCUUUGGGAUACCAGGUGAAAGAAAUCCCUCUUCUUGACAAUUUCCUUACCUCAACUAAUAUCAAUGUCGAUCUGUUACUCGUGGGAGAAGCUAACUUGUGUGCAAAGGCACAAUGGUACCCAAACCAUACCCUUCGCACGAAACUUCCCUUAAGCCAAGGGAACUUCUUCAUGAAACACGCAGGCCAGCCCGUAGAAGUUCGCGCGGACCUUCUCCCCGAUGAUAGCGACUUUGGAACGCUGAAUGACGAUUUCCAAUUUAGACCUUCGGGGUGA